AAAAAAAAAAAAAAAUGGAAGAAAGAAGACCUCCCCUCCCACCACGCCCCCCAACAGACGAAAAACACCCCACCUCUCUUUACGACCCCUCUCCUGACAACACCAGUAAACAACACAACCAACAAGACGACCAACAACAACCUCACGACUCGGAUAUAACCAACGACCCCCCACCACCCUACACCCCCCAAACCCUAAUCCAAAACCAAACAACAGAUUACGCCUACCGCCCCUCCACCAUCCUCCCCAAACCAAUCGUCAUCCCCCAAAUCUCUCACACCAUUCACGGGACAAUCUAUCGUCCCUUCCUGCGUGCCUACGCACCCGCCCUGGAAUCCCACGGCAUCUCCAAAGCAGACUUCCUAGCCUUCAUCGACGCCCUCAACGACGUCUGGCUGGCGAACCCGUACAUCCAGGCUAUUGGAGCGACCAGUGCGCUGGUGGGCUUCAUCCCGCUUCUGGAGUUCCAGAUUGCCAGUUUGGGGGUCCAGGCUGCGGCGGAGUAUGGGUCGAUUAAGGUAUCUCAGAUGCGGACGCAGGCAUAUAUGCGGUUGGCCAACGAGGAGCUGUUUAGGCCGAGGGGGUUGAGGGUGCAGGUGCUUCGCACGAGAGUUAUGAUGGGGGAGGUGGGGAUUCCCGGGGAUGUCUUGGAACUGGGGGCUGUGGGGAGGGAUGAGGAGUUUGGGGAUUUGGAGGGGGAUGGGGAGGGGAAGGAGCAGGGGAAGGGGGGUGGUGGAUAUGAUCCGCAGUUGAGGAGGAUAGAGGCGCUUAAGGAGUUUGUGUCGCCGGUUGUUGUCGAGGAAGGGGUGGUCGUUGCGAAGGAUAAUUGGGUUAAGAGGGCUACUGAUGCGCAGGAGAAGUGGUUUGCUGAGAGGCAGAAUCAGUUGCUGGUUGGGAAGAGGGAGAAGGCGGGAAAGUGGUUGAGUGAGGCGGAGGAGGCAGAGAGGGAGAUCAAUGGGAAGAUUGAGGAGGUACAGGCUGCGAGGGAGGCUGCUAGGGUUAGGGCCAGGGAGAGGUUGCAGGGCCCUUUGGGGGAGUCCUUGCAGGGUAGGGGGAUUGUGCAGGAUGACCUGGAGAAAGAUCUGAAGAAGCUGGAUAAAUCAUUGAAUAAGCUGGUCAAGGAGAGGGAGAAGAGGGUCACGAAGGUGCUGCAGAAGGGUGAACGACGCUUGCAGAGGGUCGAGAAGAGAGAGAGUCGCAUUGCGCAGAAGGUGAUGUGGGUGGUGGUAACGGGCGAUGAUGGAACAGGCUUUCAGAAUCAUCUCUGGGAGGACUCGGAGAGUUGAUAGUCUGGUAUUUACUCUUUUUGCGACCGGAAAUCUUGCGUAUACCCAAUUUGCGAUAUACGGUGGGAG